AUGCAUGACCAAGCCGGUAGACCAAUCAGAGGGCCCCAAGUAGAUACCCUGCACCGCACCACGGCGAUUACAACCGUUCAAACAGACCCGUCUAGCUCCAGAAGUCAGCCCGAGUUGCAUUUCUGUACCGUACUUCGUGCAGUAAAGACGUGUUUUCCACUAUCUGAACCGUUUCCAAGUCUGACCAUAAUGCUUUCCCAAAACGUACUAGAAGAGGCCAAGCUCGAUGCAAUGCAACGACACUGGCAAUUCCGUAGAGGAGCAUCAUCCUCGACAACAGCUUUCUUCAAGGAAGUAAACGAGACUGAAGAUUUACUAGAUAUACCCCUGCAAAAUACUUGUACUGAUAUCCAGAGAAACCCACUUACCAAAGUACUGAGCUGUGAUGGAGAUAGCGAUGUUGAGUUUUUGGACCUGCAGGAACAUGUGAUAGUAUCUGAGGAGAGAGAAGAUUCCCUCAUAAAAAAAGAACCGCUCCAACUGGAUGCCUCAACUAUAGGAGACAUUCCAGGUCAAUACACUAUAUGUGCCCUGGAACCCUAUCAACUGCCAGUUGUUGGGGUUUACAUCGACAAAAGGGUAGUGCCCGGUUUCAAAUACCGCGUGAGACCAUUGUCUAAAGUGGGAACACCAUCCACUAUCAACCAAUGCCUUUUCGAUAAUAGAGCACUAGUUCUUCAAUCUAUCGGAAGAGGUUAUUCCAGAAGGUUGACCUUCAAAGCCGACGAAAAUAAACUCAAUGACAACGACAACUAUUUCUGGAGUGACAAUCAUCCCGAGGGUUACGCUUUUGAGCUGGAAUUACUGUCUGACGGAGAUAAGUUCACGUUUUUCAAUUUGAACAGGGAGCCACAAGGAACCGUCGAAGUACUGACAAUAGAGGAACCCCAAAUUGAAAUAGCUAGUUCCCUAACGAAAAGUGGUUUAGAGAAAAGAGCCACUGUCACGUUUACAGGUAAAGUAGAGUCGUAUGAGACUGGUGUGGCUAAGCCGAUGAAUCUAAGUGGCACUGUCGUGUCUAUGAAAGCCAAAGGAAAUUCCACAGCGCAGAUUGUGAAAGUUAUAAAUGUAACUAUCAAGCGGCAGAGGUGUUAUCUCUUGCCAGGAAUGCAAAAAAUCCAUAGGAGAGUGACUGUUAGAGGAGAAGAGAUCAAUGAUGUACCGACCAAAUAUACAAUGAAUGGAUUGGAACCCUAUGAAAUACCUGUUGUAGGAACCUUCGUGGACCCCAGAGUGAUCCCCGGCUUCUGCUACAAAGUGCGCCCCAACGACAGAAAAGACCACCUGUUCGCAGGCAGAGCCCUGCAGCUGCUCAGCAUCGGCAUGGGCUACGCCAAGAGACUGACUUUCCAGCCGGACUCUCUGCUGGAGCCCGACAAUUACCUCUGGUCAGACAACCACCCGGACGGGUUGGGGUUGGAGCCGCGGGCAGUCCACAAGGGGAUGAAGUUCUGGCUGGAAGCGGGAGAGAUGGUGCUAGGAGAGGCGCAGGUCUUCAGGGACGAUCAUCCGCAGUUGGAAGUGAGGAUGGAAAAGAUAAAAACAGCCAAAGGAUUCGCUAUCCAAAAAUACAUCCACGUAGACGUCAUGUGCCAUAUCCGCCUCGCACGAACAGGAGGUGCAACAACCGAAAACGAAGAACAUCUGAUGAGAGUCUCCGGAUUGGCUGUCGUUAGAAAAGAGCCCAAAACGUCCACAGCUCGGGUGAUCAGGGUGGAAAACGUCGGUCUGGAUUCUCAGCUGCUUCUGCUUUUCGCUCAGACUCACACCGAAUUGACUCUCAUCCCGAAACUGAUUUAAAUAUGGACGUGUUUCAUCUAUCUACACGGUGGUACAGAUUUUCGUCUGAAGAACAUUCAUACAAUAAUACGUCAGAAAUCCAUGGGCGAGUGGACUGGUAGUGAAUAAUAAUUCGCAUUCGAUUACUUCACUAUGCUAUGGUCUACCCCUACUUAUGAAAUUGUGACGUCAGUUUUUUUGCGGUAAAUUUCUAGCUGUCGACCGAAAAAAUCUAAAGAAAUAAAAAAAUUGCCCACUCGCCUAUUUUCAUCGAAUGAUAACGCCCUGUGCAUCAUUGCAGAUAUCCUUCAAUCAAAGUUCUUUUUUCUUGAGAGUUUCAAACAUCUCACAUAACUAAUGUGCAAAAAUCUAGACCACCUGUACCUAUAUGCAACCGCCAAGCUGAUAAGUAUUGAUAAUGUAGCUACUAUCCUUAAUUUGAAAAGACUUAUUUAGUGUUAGGCCGUUUGUUUUUCAUGCAUUUCUGCUUCGAAAAUACUGAUCUGUUAUCGUCCAAUCAUUAGGAUGUAUGAUAAUUGUUAUACAAUCAAGUAUGUGAAGACAAUAAUGCGAUUUAUUCUUACUCCUCUUUAUUUUUUGUUAUAGAUUUUUUUAUAAUAAAAUGUGUAUCAAUGACACUAUUUUAUUCACUAGAUCACCGAACAUAUUUUACAAAUAUACAAUAUAUCAAUAAUAAUAUAUCUAUUUAC